AUGAUAAGCGUGAAGGACGCUGGGAGUCCAAAUAAGUUAGGAACGCCACGCCACCCCAAUUUAAUUCAAGCUGAGAAACAGGAGAUGUUUGCUUUUGAGACUUUUGAUAUCAAGACAUCCAGUCGGAUACAAAUUGAGGUCAACGAAUAUUAUAAAUACACUCUUCCUAAGGAUUGCGUUGAGCCUGAAGGGAUGCUCGGGAUCAUCUUUUUGAAAAACAAAGAAGCUGUGACAAAGAGUAAAAUUAUUAAAGUGAGUAUUGACCACAGACUCAUUGGAGCAUUUGAGAACUACUUGAACUAUAUCAACGAAACGAGACCGUUUGUUAAAGACUAUUCGAAAAAAGAGGCUGCGCGUUGCAUUGCGGAGUUGUGUCGAUUUGGUGUCCACAUAAAGAAGGCGUUGAAUUUUGUUGUUCCGAAUGGCAUGAAGAGUGAAGGGUACGACGAGAUCCUCGAGAUAAUAGUUAAAGGGAUGACCCCGGUCUUAGUCAGUACCAUAAUGCUGUUUGAUGACAAGAGCGAGUGUAAGAAGCUCUUAGUCCCCAUUUUAAUGCGAACCCCUGAUGAUGGGAUGGUCAUCUCCAAACUGAAAUUGUGGCUUGAGAUGUCGAUUGGGCGUUCGAGACAUUGCACUGUUGGGUUUACUGGGGACACCUCGAUGCAAGAGACAUUUGGGAACACUAAGGAAGAGGAGAAGAGAGGGAAAAAGUUGAGUCACUUGACAUAUAAGACGGAGAAGGCGCGACGGCCAUUAGUCGAUACUGUGAUAGACCGACCGAAGAAAAUGAGUGUAGUGACGAGUGUGAAAUGGGCGAAGAAGAAGUAUGUGAUACCUGAGAAUCAAGCAUUGGAAGUGUUACAAGGGUUCAUAAGAGGAUACUUAGUGAGGAAAGACUAUGGGAUAGAGAAUGUUAUUAAACGGAAAGAGUGUAUUCAAGAAUUAGUCGACACGGAACAGAACUUACAUGAUAAUAUGGUCUUGAUGGAGAACUACUUUAGACAACCAUUACUAGAGAGUAUUGGUGGUAAUAAAGGAAUUGAGAAACAAAUCAACGCGGUCUUUUUGACUCUUCCCCGAUGCAUCAAAUCGUCGAAAAUCUUUGUAGAGAAGUUGAAACAAUCACUUGAGAAGUAUAAGGUGGACACGUGCAUUGGAGAUACACUUAAAAUGCUCCUCCCACAUGUGGCGCCGUAUUUGAAUUUCACAACGGACUAUCAAAUAGCACUGUCGACGUGGAAACGCCUCAAAAAGGAGCCAAAAGUCUCGAUGUUAUUGAAAGAGAAUUUGAAAUUGAAAGAACUUGAGUCACAAACGCUCGAGUCGUUAUUAAUUCAACCGGUCCAACGUGUGAUGAGAUAUCCAAUGCUUAUAAAAGAAAUUAUUAAAUUGACAAAACGAUCACAUCCGGACUACUUCCAACUGAAAGAAGCAUUCAACGAGUUUCAUUUCUUCUCAACAAUUGCUAAUGAACGUUCGAAAAUGCGAGACUCUUUACAAGAAGUUGUUAAAGAAAUAGGAGACGAGGACUUGUUGAAGGAUAAUAGAUACCAUUUGUGGACGGGUAACGUCAUUGCUAAAACACCGACACGCGUGUACUUGUUCAAUGAUAUGAUCAUGAUCUGUAUCAAAAAUAAGAACAAAUGGAUCACACAAGAAACACUCAAAAUUGGAGGAGACGUCGAAGUCUUCACCGCAGAAAAGGUCGUCACCGUCAAGAAAUUUAGACGACCGAAACCUAUUGUACUCGAACUCGAAAACGAAGAGCUGUGCGAAAACUUCAAAAAACAAGUCGACGAAAUCAUUAGAGACAACUUCUUCUGCUUGUCAGAUGACCAAAGCUGGAUCGACCUCAUGGACUUUGGAGCUACAAGAGACUUUGUCGAUAUCUAA